UAUCUCGCUUUCGUCGAGAGAUAUUUUUAAUUCUGUUAAUCGUAAGAUAAGUGUGUUUUCGGUGGGUGGCAAGCGAGAUGGCGCCGUUGCUAUACAUGCAGAACUUCAGCGGGCCGGUCAGGUCGGUACUUUUGACGGCUGCGGCUAUAGGGCUGAAGCUGCAGCGGAGGGUCGUGGAUCUGUCAAAGCAGGAACACCUGACCGAGGAGUUUCUGAAGCUAAACCCCCAACACACCAUUCCAACCCUCAUCGACAACGGCACCACCAUGUGGGACAGCCACGCCAUCAACGCCUACCUGGUUUCCAAAUACGCAAAAGACGACUCCCUUUACCCUAAAGACCUUUCAAAAAGGGCUAUCGUAGACCAAAGGCUACACUUCGACAGCGGCCUCAUUUUCAGCUGGCUUAGGAACAUAGCAAGAGGGAUGAAAUACAAAGGUCGCAAAGCCCUAACUUCCGAACAAAUCGAAGGGCUCGAAAAUGGCUACGGUCACUUGAACAAUUUCCUUCGUGAUAGCAAAUGGGUCGCCGGUGAACACGUAACCAUCGCGGAUUUUAGUUUAAUCGCCAAUGUGACGUCACUGGACUUUCUGUACCCGGUGGACUCGCAAAGGUUCCCGAAUGUGAGUGCGUGGAUGAAAAGGGCCGAAGAGCUACCCUACUACGACGAAAAUCGAGAGGGGCUGGAGAGUUUCAGGGUCAUGUUUAGGGCACUGAUGUCCUAAAAUGUUGUUAUAUUUGUACACAUAUUGAGUGAUAAAUAAAAAGGGUUUUGAACUA